GGGUUCGCCCCCGCCUCCGACUACCCAGACGCCCGAAGUGGAGGAAGAGGACGCGCCGGUGGCACCAGCGGGGCGGCCACGGUGCUGAGCAGAGACCUGAGUCUGGCGCUCUGCGCCCCCAGCCUGUAGCCACCGGCUGUCUUCCCAGCUCCUUGUUCCUUUGGGGACCAUGGCUGGACGGAGCUUUCUGGACCCUUUACUGACACUUCAUGGCUGUGAAUCCCCUAAAGAAGCCCCCCGGGUGAGUCCCCGCUUUCUCCGCGCCUGGCACCCCCCAGCCAUCGCCACCAGGAUGCCCACGAGGCGCUGGGCCCCGGGGACCCAGUGCAUCACCAAAUAUGAGCACACGCGCCCCAAGCCCGGGGAGCUGGCCUUCCGCAAGGGCGACGUGGUCACCAUCCUGGAGGCCUGCGAGAGCAAGAGCUGGUACCGCGCCAAGCAUCACGCCAGCGGGCAGGAGGGGCUGCUGGCGGCCGGCGCCCUGCGGGAGCGCGAAGCCCUUUCGGCCGACCCCAAGCUCAGCCUCAUGCCGUGGUUCCACGGUAAGAUCUCGGGCCAGGAGGCCGUGCAGCAGCUGCAGCCGCCCGAGGAUGGCCUCUUCCUGGUGCGGGAGUCCGCGCGCCACCCGGGAGACUACGUGCUGUGCGUCAGCUUCGGCCGCGACGUCAUCCACUACCGCGUGCUGCACCGCGAGGGCCACCUCACCAUCGAUGAGGCCGUGUGCUUCUGCAACCUCAUGGACAUGGUCGAGCAUUACAGCAAGGAGAAGGGGGCCAUUUGCACAAAGCUGGUCACCCCCAAGCGGAAGCAGGGCACCAAAUCGGCGGAGGAGGAGCUGGCUAAGGCCGGGUGGUUAUUGAACCUCCAGCACUUGACCUUGGGAGCCCAGAUCGGAGAGGGAGAGUUUGGAGCGGUGCUGCAGGGGGAGUACUUGGGACAGAAGGUGGCAGUGAAGAACAUCAAGUGCGAUGUGACAGCCCAAGCCUUUCUGGACGAGACAGCGGUCAUGACGAAAAUGCAGCACAAGAAUCUAGUGCGGCUCCUGGGGGUGAUCCUGCACCAGGGGCUCUACAUCGUCAUGGAGCACGUGAGCAAGGGCAACCUGGUGAACUUCCUGCGGACGCGUGGCCGGGCCCUUGUGAACACAGCCCAACUCCUGCAGUUUUCGCUGCACGUGGCCGAGGGCAUGGAAUACCUGGAAGGCAAGAAACUGGUGCACCGGGACCUGGCCGCGCGCAACAUCCUGGUGUCCGAGGACCUGGUGGCCAAGGUCAGCGACUUCGGCCUGGCCAAGGCCGAGCGCAAGGGGCUGGACUCCAGCCGGCUGCCAGUCAAGUGGACGGCGCCUGAGGCCCUGAAACUCGGGAAAUUCACCAGCAAGUCGGAUGUCUGGAGUUUUGGGGUUCUGCUGUGGGAGGUUUUUUCCUAUGGCCGGGCUCCGUACCCCAAGAUGUCAUUGAAAGAAGUGUCAGAGGCUGUGGAGAAAGGAUACCGCAUGGAGCCCCCCGAAGGCUGCCCAGGCCCUGUCCACAUCCUCAUGGGCAGCUGUUGGGAAGCCGAGCCUGCCCGCCGGCCGCCCUUCCGCAAGCUGGCCGAGAAGCUGGCCCGAGAGCUGCGUAGUGCUGGUGCUCCGGCCUCUGUGGCCGGCCAGGAGGCCGAUGGCUGCACCUCCCCCCGUGCCCAGGAGCCCUGACGCCACGGGUGGGGCCCUGGGCCUUAGGACCAAGAGAGUGGAGGGCACAGGAGAGCGCAGGCCAGGCCUGAGGAGGGUCGGCCUGCCCGCUGCCUGCCCAGCUCCAGGGCAGGCCUACAGGGGCUCCAGCAGCCCAUGGACCCAACAGAGCCCAGGAAGGGCAAGGACUGAUGCCUCGAUAAAGACACUGGUUCCAAGGACA